AUGGAAAAAAUCGAGUAUCGAGCUGUCAUCAAAUAUUUAUUUUUGAAAGGCAAUACGCCUACGCAAAUCAAAAACGAGUUGGACGUUGUGUACGGGGAUUCUGCACCAUCAUUUACCACCGUAAAAUUUUGGGCAGCUGAGUUUAAACGUGGCCGUACCAGCUUGGUUGACGAUGAACGUUCGGGACGUCCAAAAACUGCAAUCACUGACGAUAACAUCGCUCAAGUUCACCAAAUGGUGCUAGACAACCGUCGAAUUAAAGUUAGAGAGAUAGGAGAGGCUAUGAAUAUGUCCAAAGAACGUGUUUGUCAUAUAUUGAAUAAAGAUUUAGGCAUGCGCAAGCUGUCUGCGCGUUGGGUGCCGCGUUUGCUCACUUUGAACGAGAAACGUGUUCGAAUGAACAUUUCCAACGCUCUGUUGGCGCAGUUCAGGCGCAAUAAAUCAGAGUUGAUAGACUAG